CCACGCUGGGGUUCCCCGGGAGGUGGUGGCUGCAAGGCCCCCCCUGACACCAUGGCUCCCCGGGAGGUGGUGGGUGCAAAGCCCCCCCCCGGCGCUGGGGCUCCCCGGGAAGUGGUGGGUGCAAGGCCCCCCUUGCACAGGGUCUCCCCGGCAGAGCCAGCCGGGCGGUGGUCUGUGCAGUUUCCCCCUAUGCCAUGUUCCUUCAGCUGAGCUGCUGGAAACGCUUCCCCUUCCACCCCUGUGCAAGCAGAUCAUGGGGGUCCAGGGCUGGGCUGGCCGGGAGAGCCGCCAUCCAGCCCCACCCCCUGCAGCUGGACGUGGGGUUUCCCACGUCCCAGCUGGCUGUCACGCAUGAUUCCCCCCCCCACCCCCCAGCUGGGUUCCUGGGCCCAGCAGGCCUGGGGAUGGGCACCAGCAGACGGUUUAAACUCGUUGCUUGGCCGUGUGCUGUUUAUGACACCCUGGGAAUGUGUCCCAGCAGUGCCAAGGCUGGCGCCGGCCUUCAGGCUGGCUGGAGGGACGUGGCUGUGCCAGUGGGAGGAGACAUGCCGUCUGUAUAUUCUACCUAGUUCUCCGUGCCCUGGACACUAUAGAGGAUGAUAUGAGCAUCAGCUUAGAUAUAAAGGUCCCGAUGCUGCAUGAGUUUCACUCCUAUCUUUAUCAACCAGAGUGGAAAUACAUGGAGAGCAAGGAGAAGGACCGGCAGGUGCUGGAAGACUUCCCAACGAUCUCCAUGGAGUUCAGGAACCUGUCAAAGGUCUACCAGGAUGUGAUUUCAGAUAUUUGCCACAAGAUGGGCAUUGGGAUGGCAGAGUUCUUGGAGAAGAAGGUGGAUUCUCAGCAUGAGUGGGAUAAGUAUUGUCACUACGUUGCUGGGCUGGUGGGGAUUGGCCUUUCCCGUCUCUUCUCUGCAUCAGAGCUAGAAGAUCCUAUCGUUGGGCAGGACACAGAGCUGGCAAACUCCAUGGGCCUUUUCCUGCAGAAAACCAACAUAAUCCGUGACUAUCUGGAGGACCAGCUGGAGGGAAGGGAGUUCUGGCCCAGAGAGGUUUGGAGCAGAUACGCAAAGAAGCUCUCAGAUCUUGCCAAACCAGAGAACAUUGAUAUGGCUGUCCAGUGUCUGAAUGAGCUCAUCACCAAUGCCCUCCACCAUGUCCCUGAUGUCCUCACAUACUUAUCCCGCCUGAAAAACCAGAGUGUCUUUAACUUCUGUGCUAUCCCCCAGGUGAUGGCUAUUGCCACGUUGGCUGCUUGCUAUAACAACAAGCAGGUUUUCAGGGGUGUAGUGAAGAUCCGGAAGGGACAAGCCGUCACUCUCAUGAUGGAUGCCACAAACAUACAAGCUGUCAAAGCCAUCAUGUACCAGUAUGUGGAAGAGAUCUACCAGAAGAUCCCAAGCACUGACCCGUCAUCCAACAAGACACAGCAGGUCAUCGCCUCCAUCCGUGCCAUGAGCUUGCCCGGCAGCCCCAUGGCAUCACGCCACCACUACUCCCCCAUCUACCUGUCAUGCGCCAUGCUUCUGGCCGCCCUGAGCUGGCAGUACCUGAGCACCAUCUCCAAGGCCACCGAGGAGUACGUCCAGGCGGGCGAGAACUGAUGGCCAGCGGGCGGGCGGGGGGAGAGAUGGUUGGCAGAUGGGCAGUGGAGGCAGGAGACUCCUCGCCCCCUGCCGCUGGGGAUGGCCAGGCACCCGAGGUGCCGCAGGGCCUGGGCCAGUGAUGAGGAUGGGAUGCUGGUGAUGAGGAUGGGAUGCUGGCGAUGAGGAUGGGAUGCUGGUGAGCUGCAGCCCCAGGGCAAUGGUGUGGCAUUGCCAGACUCCGCUCCUCACCACCCUUGCCAUCUGCUUGGAUCGUUACAAACACUAAUUGGAGUCUUACUGUUUGGAGUUGAUUUUUUUUUUCCCUGUCCUGUUGGACAGUUUAUGUGAAUUAUUUUUUUUUUUUGUUAGGAUGGUUUUAAAUAGAAACUCCAGUUGCCUCUUU